CGCAGACAGGACAGGAAUGUUCUGCGCAUGCGCCGGUGAGCGAGGGACGUUUGGUUUAUCAACAGCCUUUCACUUUCAAGACACAAAGACAAUGACAGCGCGAAAAUAAAGUUGCUGCAAGUGUAGCGGUCGUCGAAGCAGAGUCAGGUGUUCACCCUGUGGAUACGGAGAUUAGGAUUAAUACAGCAUGUCUGCCACCGAGCCCCUCAUCAGAACGAGACAGACGGAGACAAAAGUCAAUGGAAUCUCAACUCAGGUCGUCUGUACAGAAUUCAGCAAUUACAUAUUCAUAGUCCUCACCCAGUACGGCAAGAUUGGGACAUUGAUAUCUGUCACGCCUGACUCCAGAUCUAACGAUAUCGGCACCCCAAUGUUCUCCACCAAAGUACUGCUGGGAAAAGACGAGCCUCUCACACACGUCUGUGCCAAGAACCUGGUAACGUUUGUGUCGCAGGAAGCCGGAAACAGGCCUAUCUUGCUGGGACUGGCCCUGAAGGACUCUUCCUUAGAAGCAAUAAAACACAUGAAAGAAAUCAUCAAAAGUUGUCAAGUCUGGUAGCAGAUCAUGAGUGGGAGCAGUAAAAUUACUCACCAAUGGACCAGAAGCCUGAAAGUUUGGUGAAAUGCAGCCCACUUGUUUGCCCUCGUGCGGCUUCUUUCUUGUAUCUUACCUUUUCUAGCUGCAAUUUAUAAUGUUUUACUCUUCUACUCUUUUCUAAAUGCAACUGAAGUAAAUGUCAGUCUGUAAUAAAGAAGCCUUGAGGCUAACUUUUCCGAGCUCAGUUUCAUUGAUUCUCAUGUUGAGACUUGAGACAUUAAAGCAUCGCUAGCAAGCAAGUUAUUUUGCAUGUCACUGGGUUCUGUAAUAAAUAGGGAUUUGAUGAAUGGUCUAUGUUUAGGUACCUUGCAGUAGAUGGACAGUGUUUCCAACAAAUAUCUGAAAUACAUGUUAAACCGUUGUGUAUUUUGUAACUAAAAAUGAGUGUAUUUUCAUAUUCAAACCUACAAAUAGGCAUACUGACACUCAAGAUUUGUUCAUAACAAAAACACCUUAUACUUCAACAAGUAACUGCAAUAUGUUGAUGUCUUUUUUGCCUGUCUCUGAAAACUUGAUCCAACCAGCCCCACUGAAAAGUAAUUUGAAGUUAGCACUGUUAACUUUUUUAUGCACAAGAAAAUCACAGUCACUUAGCAGACUAAUCCCUACCAAACUGGAAAAUUAGGGAAGCCCUAAUCUAAUUCGGUUGGGGUCUUCAUGUUUUAUUUAUCAAAUAUAGUCUCAUUACAGUAGCUUCCAGUGCAGUUUGGCGUUGAUUUUUUAAAGUCUUAUUCAUCAUCCUCAAAGCAAUGCAUCAUUUGGUGCCAAUUAUAUUGCAGAUCUUACAGCACCCCAUGAGGAAAAUCAGUUUUACAGUUGGUCCACAAAGCUCCACUUACUAUCCCCAAGUCAGGACUGCAUGAUGACAUUUGACUUUGU